GAGUACACCUUUAAAAAAAUAUCUCUCGUCCACCCGCAACACACUCACUCCCACUCAGCCUCAUUGUUAACAACGUCUCUUCGCCGGCCUUAAAAAGACGCUUUUAGACAAGGAAGGGUGUAAAGAAGAACUAAGAUUUUUGGAAGGUACAAGUGCGAGAGUCGUGGGCGGGUUUGGUUCGCAGAGUGUUUCCAUUUGGUGACUGUUGAUUAUGCACCACUGUCAAAAGGGACUAAAGUCCACUUGGAAUGAACGGCUCGAGGAAGACAAUAUAUUUCCUGCUUUUUUUUUUUUUUACCCCCGACGAUUCUACGCAAUUAAGAUGAAGGCGGGCCACUCCUCAUCACUGCGGCUCUUGCUGCUGGUUAGCUGCUGUGUGUGUGUGCCAGCCACCUACCCAUUCGGACCGCCGCUGGAUCUCGAUGUGACGCCGCGCGUCACCAUCCUGAGCAACAGUCUGCCGGGCUGCAGGCGCUUUAGCUCCCCAUCGGCUGUCAACUACAGCACCAUGUUGCUGGAGGCUGACAGCCAGCGGCUCUUCAUCGGAGCCCGAGGGGCCGCGUUCGCACUCGACGCUGCUGACAUCUCGGCCAGUUCUGCGCUUACUAUUGAGUGGGAGGCCUCUGCCGAGCAAAAACGGCAAUGUCUACUCAAGGGGAAAGACAACAAGACGGAGUGCUUUAAUCACAUCCGCUUCCUGCAGAGGUUCAAUUCGACGCAUCUCUACAUGUGCGGAACUCACGCCUUCAGUCCUCUGUGUGCAUAUAUAGAUGCUGAGACAUUUUUGAUGUCUCCGCCCGAAGAGGGCCGAGACAAAUGUCCCUACAGCCCGACAACGGGAUACACCGGCCUGAUCGUUGAUCAGGAGCUGUUUACCGCUUCGCAAUAUGAGUUUCGAAGCUUCCCAGAUAUUCGGCGAAACUCUCCCACUCUGAAGACUGAAGACGCUCCAACGCGAUGGCUGAACGAGGCCAACUUUAUAAGCUCAGCGCUGGUGCGGGAGAGCUUGAGCAGCGGUAUCGCGGGUGACGACGACAAGAUCUACUUCUUUUUCACCGAGGGCGGCCAGGAACACGGCGCCCCCUCCGGCGGCCACAACAGAGUGGCGCGAGUGGCUCGGAUUUGCAAGGGAGACAGAGGAGGCCUCCUGACUCUCCAGAAGCGCUGGACGUCCUUCCUCAAGGCCCGGCUGACGUGCUCCCUCCCAGAGUACGACUUCCACUUCAACAUGCUGCGCAGUGUCUUCGUUGUGCCCGGAGACGCGCCGCGAGACACACUCUUCUAUGCCAUCUUCGGUCUGGGCUGGAAAAACAUAAAAGCGUCUGCCUUGUGUCGCUUCUCGCUGUCUGAUGUUCAAGAGGCCUUCCGAGGGCCUUACAUGGAGACGCAGGACUCCAACUGGAAGGAGUACAGUGGAAAAAUUCCUGACCCACGACCGGGAACGUGUAUCACAGACACCACAAGGGCCAAGGGCGUCAACGCGUCCACCUCCCUGCCCGAUGACGUGCUCAACUUUGUCCGAAGGCACCCGCUGAUGUCCCAGCAGGUCCGGGCUUUCGACCGUCGCCCCCUGUUGUUCAGGAGGACCACAGAUUACACCCAAUUGGCUGUGAACACGGUCCAAGGCUUGGAUGGGCAAGAGUACCAUGUAUUGUACAUGGGAACAGAUGAGGGCUGGCUGCACAAGGCCGUGCACGUCGAGGGUCAGCUGCACAUCAUUGAGGAGCUGCAGCUCUUUGAAGAACCGCAGCCUGUGGACCACGUGAUCAUCUCUGAUCAAAUGCUGAGCGUGUACGUGGGCUCUCCGUCAGGCGUGGUUCAGCUGCCCCUGUUCAAUUGCCAAAGGUACACUUCCUGCUACGACUGCAUCUUCGCCAGGGACCCUCACUGCGCCUGGAAUGGUUACCAUUGCGUGGACAUCAUGGUGUGGCCGGACAAAUCCACGCUAAUCCAGGACAUCCAGAAAGGCAACAGAGGGUGUGACAACACUCAAGUCGACGUGUCCACACGCAGCCGCUUCGUGCGAGUGGGCGACGACGUGCUCCUGCAGUGCGAGCUGAGCUCCAACCUGGCCGCGCCUUUGUGGACGCUGGACGGCCAGGAACUGCACGGCUACGGGCUCAGCUCCGGCUUCCGGACCGGCACAGACGGCCUGCUCAUCAUCCGGGCCCGCGGGGACCAGAGCGGCCUUUACACCUGCUACGCCUUGGAGAACGAAAUCCAGGUUGCCGUGGUUACCUAUAACGUCACAGUCGCUCCCGACCUGCCUUUUCCACCCAUGGAACACCCUCGACGCCGCUUUCCCGCCUUGCCACUGCCCACUCCCUCCGAGGGGGCCCCUGCCCCGGCGCCUCGGAUGCCCCACUCCAAGCUGCUCUCCGCCAAAAGCAUGGAAGCCGUGUAUCUGUCGCUCAUCACCAUCCUGGGCAGCCUGUGCCUGGUUCUCACCGUGGUGCUGUUCUACGUAGGCUUUUGCUUGCGAGUGGGCACCCGAGGGAAGUACUCGCUACCCACGGCCACCGCCGUCUAUCUGGGCGCGAAGAGAAACCACAGGAAACAGCAGCGCAAUUCUGCCAACUUGGAGCUGAAGACCAUCUGCAAUAACGGACAGGGCGUCCACAACGGCAUCUCCAAGCUCCCCAACGGCAACAUCCGCGACGGAGGCUUCCUCCAAAUUGUCCCCGGAGAGGCUUACCCCUCGCCCAACACUGAAAUUAACCUGCCGCCGCCGCCGGCCCCUCCGCUGCCCGCCACGCCAGAGUGCCACUUCGCCAACGGGCUGUCGGCCGCUCUGCCCAGCGUCCUGCGGCGGAUGAACGGCAACAGCUACGUGUUGCUCAAUCAGAGCGACGCAGAACGCGCCUCGCCGCUCUGCUCGACCUUCGCCGACGAGCUCAACAGGAUCCUGGAGAAGCGUAAAUGCACUCAGCUGAUACCCAGGCCGGACGAGAGCUCUGUGUAGCCCGGACGGAGGACUUGCUUUGUUCAAAUUCUUGGAACAUUUUGUGGGGUGUGGAAGGGGCAGGGGGGUGACAAAGGAAAAAUGGUGAAGGUGUGAAAUGGAGGGGUGGAAAAAAAACCUUCUACCUCACUUCAUUUGUGCCCUGAGGGACACCUGCAGCCUUGAGGAGAGGACGCUCUCUGGAAUUUGGGUUGCAAAAUUACGGGACUUUUCCAACUUGGAAACUUCCAUGGGAAUUCACUGAAAUUUAUUGGAAUAAAUAGGAAUCUCGUAGUCCGGUUUCCUCGUACAUUCCACAAACAUGCAUGCUAGGGUCAUUGAAGACUCUAAAUUAUCCACGUGUAUCAAUGUGAAUGGGAACGGUAGUUUGUCUAUAUGUGCCCUACGAUCGCUGACUAUUUCCAAAACAGACCUUUUCAAACGGAAAUAUUUAUUUGAUGAUAAUCUGAGAUGAUAAUUUUGGCCAGUUAGUGAACGCUCAAUUCACAUUUUAUGUAUCGAGCAUUUGAUGAACAAUGGCAGCAAGUGCUGUACAGAAAUCAAAAUCGAGAAGAAGACAAUUGAGCAUGUUCAGUUUUGGUCUCCCUCCUGUGUGCUCUAGUUCAACCGACAAAUAAGACAACAUCGAUUUUGCGCUACCAGAUUGUGUAAUGAUGCGCGUUCCAGGGUUAAGGUUCAAGCCAAUGUUUUCUGAGUCGAGUUUGAGUGAGUCAAGUGGCCAGCAUCAUUUGCAAAUUGCACCUUGAAACAUGCACUCUUUCGGUUAGGGGUGUCAAAUUUAAAACCCCUCCGAGACUGGAAGCAAGGUUAUUAGAUCAUCAAAUAUGCUCAAGUCAGUUCCCUCUUUAGAGUUUGACCGUCAACAAGUGAAUAAUCUACCGUAAUUAACAAAUACGGAGAAAAGAAUUGCUGUGAAGAGCCCAGCCUUGUCGUUUCACUUUCAGCUUCAUCGUUGCGCCCUGAUUGGAAGUUGUGUCGUGAAAUGAGACAACGGAGAUAAACGAGACAGUUUUACUCCUCCUUAACUGUAGCUUAUGGAAACACACAACAACAUACAUAUAUUUUCAAAUAUUUUAUUGUCGUGUUUCCUUUUCUUUUUUAAAUUGUUGUCUUGUGCAAGAUGACUUAGCUUUGUGGUGGGGACGUGGCCAUAGCGCCCUCUCUUGAUUGGUCGCCUCUGCCCCAAAAAAUCUUAAAUUCCCAUGGAAAUUUACCAGUAAUUUAUUUGCAACCCGAUGGGAAAUAGAAAUCAGAGUGCUUGGAGACAUCCAUAUUUGUCUGGACUCAAAUCAGUACGGCAGCUAGCCAAAGUUUGUCUGCACCAACUCGGUGCAAAGAUGGACCUACGCAUUUUUCAAAUGUGCCACUAACAGUUUUUUUUUUUAGGCCCACAAAAAAUUAGGGCACUGGCAGCUGAGCGGCAGUUUUCAUGCGGAAUGACUCGGGUUCAUUCACUGAUGGGACAAGCUGAAAGUCACAAACAACAACUCGCAAAUAGUUGGGCUAUUGUGGAAAAUUUCCAGAUGAACGUUAAAAAGAACUCAAAGCUUUACUCAACUACUCAACCAGUUCUAUGCCUUUCAGUGACUCCUCCAGUCGCUAUGUCGUAACCUGCUGAUGACAUUCUGAACUCGGUGGUCACUUCCCUUCUGUGACCAGCCCGCCUGGAGCAAUCCUUGGACCCCAAAAGUUUGAGAACCUCUGUUCUAUCAGAAUAACGUUCGACACACAUAUGCAUGUAGUUGCCUUAAUUAACAAUAUGAUAAAAAUAUUUGGAUACUAAUAUCUUGAAGGCUUUUUCAAAUUUUUAAACUUCUGACUGAAACUCAUACUAAUGAUAUUGCAUUUGGUGUACAGUGUACUUUAAAUUUUUUUUAUAAAUAAAUACAUUAAUAAAGAAUAAUACUUUAAAAAAAUAUUAAAGCGAGUUGCUAUUAAUAACUGCAAAACAAUCCGAAUAAUAAUAUUGUAUUAAAUGCUGUACUGUAUUGUUUUUAUUGCAAACUACAGUUGUUAAAGGCUCUGAAGGAUUUGAAUGCCAACAAGCCACAGACGUCACAAGUGGAGCAGCAGGACAACACUGGACGUGGGACAGUGGGGCAAUGUUUAAUCUUUUUUUUUUUUUAACCCUUCUUGUGUAUUAUUGGGCAAAUGUCAAGAUUUAAAACUUGAAUGCCCCCCAAACGGAAUUUAUGGCUAGCCCAAAAGUGUAGGUGCCUAGUCCCCAUUUGUACAAAAUAAAUCAACACAUAAUAUCGAAAAAAAGUACAUUCGUUUUGGUUAUUAUUAAUUUGGUAACAAUAAGGUAAAAAUGACUCGAGCAAUUAUGCUAUUAAGCUAACAAGUGUAGAUUUUUUCCCCUGACCACAUUCAUCACUGAAAUCUUUGUUUCUCAGACCAACUUUUCAGUUUGAAACAAAUGGAGGUUGUUAAUCCGGUCCACACCCCAAAAUGUUUUUUCUCAUUACAAAAAACAUUUUAUAGUAUUGUAUGAAAAAAGCCAAAUACCAUAAUUUUGUUGAAUGUAAAAAUAUUGAAGCAGUUUUUGCAUGGUGAUUUCACGCCUUCACCCUUUCAGGGACAGUGGUUACUACAGUGGACAGCUUAUCAUGGUUACAGGAUGCAUGAAAGGGUUAAAUCAAUGGACUUUUCAUGGUGUGCGCCCCAGCUCGGCUACCAGGGGACAGUAUCAUCCAUACAUUAUAAUAAGAAUCAGCAAUAUGGAAUGAAACUGUCGGCGCACACUUUAUUACUUAGGCCACAAAGCUUGUCUCUUCUCUGCACUAUAUCAAUUUCUCAUCUCUUAUGACUCAGCUUGUUAUUGUUAUUGUCACGCAUUCUUUUUUCUUUUUGCAUGUUCCUCCACUCCUGUGUGUCCUUUCUCGUUUUUCACCGGCGCCAAACAUGGCAGAAUGCCGUUGGCUUCUGUGUUUCACUGGAAAUAAACUUUCUACUUCAACC